UUCUUUCAGAAUAAUUAGACUAUGUUAUGUUUAAAUGUAUUUUUUAAUAACAUAAGGAAAAUAAAGAACAAAAAUAUGUAAGUCAACCGAUCCACAUCAUGUCCGUCCAACAAACAAGACCGUAUCCUGGGUACAAUUUUGGCAGUGAGGCAGAAACUCCACGGCCUGCAGCAAGAGUGAAGCCAGAGGCAGAAGAGUAUGCAAACAGAGCCAAAGGUUCCAUAAAUCUCUUCACUGAAACUCCGAGAUACAUUGACGAACCAAAGCCUGAGCCACGUUGCCCGACAGGAUCAGCUCGACAAAACUAUGAACAUGGACGUCAUGGAACAGUGAAUACAUUGUUGUAUGGUCAGGCUACACCACGGCCUGAUGUUGAUGCAGUGCCUAGAGUGAAAAGUGAGGCUCAACCUAUAGCUGAAAGUCACCAGGGUAAAUACACCGCUGCGCUGUUCAGUUCCUACGGACAUCUGCCGACUGAUGACCCAGGGGUGCCGAGAGUGAAGCCGGAAGCACAGUCCACUGCAGAGCAACACAAGGGCGGUCGCAUGAACUGUUUAAUGCAUGAUCCUAUAAAGCUUCCUUUGUCUGCUAGACCAGUGCCAAGGGUGAAAUCCGAAGCUGCAGAGACAGCUGACCUUGGAAAAGGCGGACAAAUGAACAAAACUAUACACAGUUAUGGAUCAGUCUCGUCAAGACCCACUUACGUUCCUAGAGUAAAGCCAGAAGCCUCAGAAAAUGCAGAGAAAGGAAAAGGCUACAUGGGUACAUUGAUGGGAAAGUAUGGAAAGUUGCCAACAGAUGAACAACCUGUACCAAAGGUGCGUGGAGAGGGCGGAGAUAACGCUAACUUGGACAAAGGUGGUAGGAUGUCCAAACUGAUGUACGAGGGUAGAAAUUUACCCCAGGACUCCAAGCCUCCUCCUCGAGCCACCACCAAGGCAGCCAAAAAUAUCCUUCGGGCUAGCCGAGGGCAGAUGGCCCAGAUAUUUGCUGAUCAGGGUAAACGAUCGACUGUCCAUAGAGCUGGAACUAGGUCUGCAUCAGCACUUAAAGUAUAUUAGUUAGUGUAAUGAUUUACCAAGAUUACAUGUAUAAUAAUAGUAAGUUUAGCUGGAUUGCGUAUUUUGGUGAGAAAAGGUUCAGUUUUGGGGACAAAACGUACAGUGUCUGUUGAAUGCUGUAUAAUUACGUUUGUAAACUGUUUAGUUGCAGUUACAAGGAUUUUGAAAUUAAUGAACAGCAAUAUUGUUAUUUUUAUAGCCCAAUCGGACUAUGACUAUGGCAAAAAUGUAUUAUUAUAUGGCAAUGUCAUUGUGUAUGGAAUUGGGCUUGGGCUACAUGGACUAUGACUAAGGCAAAAAUGUAUUAUUCUAUGGCAAUGUGUAUGGAAUUGGGCUUGGGCUACAUACUUUUUUGCCCAGUCUGCAUACAUUAUAACCAUAUUUGUUAGGUGCAAGACUGUGGUCUUAGACUGCCUUAAAUUGUUCUGAUUGUGAGAUAUUUUACUUAUAUGUAUUUUUUUUAUAUAAUCUUUUUCAUGCAUGUUUAAAAAUUUUUUAUAUUAUAUCUUUAUAUUAUCAUCUCUAUAUGUUUUAUGUUUUAUUAUUAUUUAAAGCUGUGAUAAGUUGUUAACGUGUGUGUGUGUGAUAUGUCUGUAUAAGAAAGAUAAUGUGUUUCUUAUAUGUCUGAUAAUUUGCAAUGUACUAUAUUGUGACUCAAUCAAUUAGAUUAGUGCAAUAAUGGAAAUAUAUGUAGGCCUUAUUUUAUUUGUAUGCCCCCGGAUCGAAAGAUCGGGGAUAUAUUGUUUUUGGCUUGUCUGUGUGUCUGUCAUUCAUUUAUUGUGUGUGUCCCAAAACUUUAACCUUCAUUAAAGUUUGGUCAUAACUUUUUGAAAAUUGAAGUUAGCAACUUGAUAUUUGGCAUGCAUGAUUAUCUCAUAAAGCUGCACAUUUUGAGAGGUGAAAGGUCAAGGUCCUUUAAGGUCAAAAGUAAAAAAAUAUAAUCCAUGGGAAGUAAUAAGCUUUAAAAUGGAGAUAAUUUGUAAACCUGUCAAAUGAUAUAUUGAAAUGUUAUUUCAAAGCGGUGCAAUAGAGGGCAAACACAUCUCUUGUAUUAUAAAGCUUCUUGUGUGUUUUACCAGUAGUUUUGUUAUUUACUGCCUAAUGAUUACUGGUACAUAUUCUUAUUGAUGUUUCCAAUGUGUAAUACCCGAGUAAUCAUUAGCACAUUUUAUGAAAACAAAACCUGUUUUAUGCAUGUUACACUUUCAUAUUUUAAGUCAUAAACAAUAUAUUGUGUUUGAAACUGCACAUCUGAAUUGGUCUGAGGGAGGGGGGAUCAAAUAUAGAAGAGAACUAUUAUGUAUUAAUCCUAUCAUUUUUUGCCAUCUUUCUAACAUCAGAAACAAUUGGGGAGUAUGCUUUUAUUGUUUUCAAGGUCUGUAAGAAAUAAUAAGUAUUUUUUAACUUAAUCUUGAAAUCUUUCUUAGAAGUGUCAAAGCUGUUUUAGGGGUCUAGAGGUAUUCUUGGAAAUGUCAAUCAUAUUAGGUAAAUUCAUUUGCAAAUUUGCGAGUCCUUGCUCUUGUAAGUACAUGUUGCAAUAUGGCGAUAUUGCAUUUAUAUGAAUUUUUAUAACAAUUGCUUGGCAGAGUUUGAACUAUUUUGGCUGUCCGGCUAGCGCAAUGGUUGGUUCACUCGCUUCUUACCUAGGCGGCCCAGGUUUAAAUCCCGAUCCCGGCAGCAUGUGAGUUUGGUUAAUGGUCACCAUACUGGACAUUCCUCCUGAUACUUUGGUUUUCACCCACAACUCAUGAACACACAAACAAAUGAAAUAUCUUUCAGUAAAAUUGUGAAAAUGCAGCUUUAAUUCAUAACUUCAUCCCGACUUUCGUAAUUCUUGUAUGUUAAAUAGGUAGCAGGGCACACUCGAGGUCCACACAUAAUGUAGCCUCUGGCUCGGAAAGGACCUAAUAAACUUUGCGGUUUGAACUAUUUAUGACAAAGCUGGAAAGGUCAUAAACUCUGUGGAAAACACAAGGUUACAAGAGUAAGUAAACAUUGCUGGGGAAAUGUUUAUUAUAUAAUCAUUAUCAUGACAUUAUUAUUCCUACUUUUAGUUAAUGUUUGUGUUCAAAAACAAUAUUACCAUCUUUUUCUAAUAAAAGCAAUCAAUAAACUAACAAUUUGUAAUAAAUGUUGCAGUACAUGUUAAAGAUAAGUGAAGAUUAUACAUGCUGCAACAUGCAUGAUACAAUCAAUGAUGUUAUAUACACAUACCUUGUACAAUAAUGAUUUCUUCCACUGAAAGGUAUGCCAUGCUUUAAAGGGAACUGUUUACGGAUAGUCCAUUUGAUAAUUAUGCGAUUUUUUAUGACAGAUAAUCCUAAAAUAAACAGCAAUACAUAUGGAGGAGCAAAAUAACAGUUUUGAUUUAUACAGAAAUACUAAAAAUAUCAUAUUGUUAAUAAAUAAUCUUUGACUGAAUUUUAGAAAAUCAUCAAGUGUUUAUAAAGUGAAACGAUGGCAUAAUUUGAAAAGUUUCAGAUGUUUUAUUUUAAUUGCUACCAACAUGUGGAUCGUUUGCAUUAUGUAACAAAUACAGCCUCAAUUGUAUGCAUAUGAAUGGCCUUAUAGUUUAGGAACUAACCAAAUAGUAAAGGUGUUAGCCUUUUGAUCCAGAUGCCAGAGUAAAAAUCUUAAUGGGUCAACUGUUAUUUUCUUUAUUGUAAGUAUAGUUUUUCCGGAUUAUUAUACUUUAUAUUUUUGUUCCUAUGCCGUUAUCUGCGAAGUUAAGAUAUUUAAUCGGGAUUCUUCACAACAUAAUCAAAUUCUGCAAGCUAGUCCCUUUAGUUCUUGAAUGUAUGGGG